UUUCUUACAAAAUGGGAGUUCUGAUAGGAAGUCCUGUUUCGCGCAACUUAUGCGAAUUAGUCAUCCACAAGCGGGAAACCUCCAUCAUCUCUAUGUAUCAUGAUUGCAUUGCUAUAUACUCUUACUCUAGAUAUAUUUAUGAUAUUUUCAUUUUAUGGCACCAUGAGUCCGAUUUACAACAAUUAUUGGAUGACGUUAAUAAUAAACAAACAACAAAAAAUAUUUAAUAUAAUAAACAUUUUCAUCCCUUAUAUUAAAUAUUUUUGUUGUUUGUUUAACUUGUUUGAUUUGCUGUAUGUUUUUAGAUGUAUUUAUAAUCUGAAUCUUAAGAAUUAGAUAAUUUUUAUACUGUAAAUAUACAAGCUGAUCCAUUUUAAUCAAGUCACUGGAAUAACUCAAAAAAAUAUAUCCGUACGUUUCUAUAUUCAACGGUUGACUCAACGGUGAGAAAACGACGUUUCUAAAUGGACCGUUGAGUUGUCCGUUGAGAUUAGUGACGUCAGUACUGUUUCAUCGUUGAGCUCAACGGACUCAACGACCUUAAACGCUGUUGAGUAGACAACGAACUAAUAUGGAGGCUUCCAUGAAGCAAGUAAAUUUUUUGUAUAAAAAUUGUCGAUUCACUCUUGCUGUGGACGAUGUAAUAGCGGACAGAUUAUUGAAAGAGGCCAACUAUCUCAAUGAAUUUUUUAAAAAUUUAAUUGGAACAGAUAUUUGGCCGUCAUUAGGUUUGCCUAAUGACGUAAAUAUUGAAGAUAUCAAACUUAUUGAAGAUAAAUCUAAUAUAGAAAAUGAUACAGGAAAGAAGGACCAAAAUUAUUCAACGAAGAAAAGAGAUGUAUGGACAGAUGCCAUUAUUAAGUUACUAAUUUCAGAGAGACUGGCACUUGAGGAACAAUUUGGAAAGCCAGGAAACAAAAGAAAAUUAUGGAUGAAAAUACACAGUAUAAUGGUGUCACAAGGGUAUAAUUUAACUGCUGAAGACUGUGAUAUGAAAUGGAGGAAUUUGAUAGCAACAUAUAGGAAAAACAAAGACAGGGCUAGAAAGAGUGGCGAAGGUUGUAUCACCUGGCCAUAUUUUCAACUAUUAGAUGAAAAAUACGGUUACAAAACCAACAUAUCACCUCCUGCAGAAACACUAUUAUCUUCUCUUCCUAGCCCUAUCUACUCCCAACCUUCACCCAUUGACACAUCGAAUUCUUCCGAAAACUGUAAUUUUGCAACUACUUCUAGUCACAAUUCUUCCUCAUCCUCUCCAAUCCCUCAUCAAAGUGAUACUCCACAUUCAAAAAAACCAAAACUGUCAAAAGAAGAACCUCCAGCAUGGUUUCAGAACUAUGUUGAAAGUAAGAAAAAAGAAGAUAAAGAAAAAGAAGAAAGAGAAGAAAGACGUUGGAGAGAAUUUCAAAAGAUGGAAGAAGAAAAACUUAAAGUUAUGAAGCAAUUAUUAGAAAUAUUGAAAAAAUAACUGAAAUGCUUUUAUUUACAUAUUUUUAUACAAAAUAAAUAUAUAUAUUGUUUAUAACUAUAAUUUUGGUGUAUUCUUUAAUUUGUGGAUUAUCUAGAAAUAAACUUUAGAUGGAAGUUUUAGGGAUGUUUCAGCACAUUCAAUUUCUUAGUUAUUAUUACUGGUUCUUGGUAUUAUAUGUAUAUCUUUAAGUUUGUGCAUUAAAUAUAAGAUGAAGUGUGUUUUACUAACAUUGCAAAGGCUCAUGGACAGUAUCUUUUAAUAAAACACUUUUCUGUAGAUUCAAUAAUUUCAAUAGUAUAGAGAUAAACAUUUAUUCUAUAUCAACUGCUUAAUACAAUCUAAAAGAUUUAUAUUGUAAUGUUUGUAAAUCACAAUUCAUAAGAAGUUACCAAUUAUGUAUACUAAUAAAUAUUUUAUUAAUGUAGUGUUUAUCUGUUUGACAAACUUGGGCAAGUAGACAAAAAUUACAAUUUCAUUACUUUUACUCUCAUUAUAUAAGAGUAAGUUUUAUUACAUUACAUUACAGAAAUCUACA